AUGGACCUAGAUGAAGUUCGUGAAAGGAUCCUUGGAACCAAAACACUUCUCAAAAUUCGAGAAGCCUUUUUAGAAGUGAGAAGGGAAGAAAGUAGGAAGAAAAUCAUGUUGGGAACACCCAACUCAGUUACGUACAGCGAGAGCUCUGUAAUGGCAGCAAGAGGGAAUCAGCCCCGACCACCAAAAAAGAAAACUCGCCCCUGGUGUGAUCACUGCAAGAGACCAAGCCAUACAAAGGAAACAUGUUGGAUCAUACAUGGAAAACCUUUAGAGACCAAAUUGUUCAAAUGCAAGGAGGGCAGAGGUAACACAUCAUUUAACAAUCAAGAAGCUGAGGUAUACUCUAACUCAUCUCAUUUUAGAAAAGAACGAAUGGAGGCUCUUCAAAAACCCCUUCAACAAACCAUUUUAACUAAAGAAAAAGGUGGUACUUCCAUAGUGACUCAAAGAGGUAAUUACUUACAUGCUCUAAACACUAGUAAGGAAAAAACAAAAUCAUGGAUUGUUGACUCAGGGGCUUCAGAUCACAUGACUGGAGAUUUUACUUUGUUUAGUAGUUAUUCUCCAUGUCCCUAUAACUAUAAUGUUCGAAUAUCUGAUGGUACACAUUCUAAGGUCAUGAAUUUGGAGUCGGGGAAGACGAUUGGUAAUGAUGAAGAAUGUGUUGGACUCUACCUCCUUCAAGUGGAAAAAUUAGAAGAAAAACUCAAGAAUAAUUAUCAUGUUGCAGCUAUAGUUUCUAGUGAUAAUAAUCUUGUAAUGAUGUGGGAUAUAGGUGUUACUCUCUCCCAUACCAAAUUUUUUUACCAUUCUAUGGGUGUAACCUUCUUUGAAAAUCAACCAUAUUACACCAAAACCAGUAUUCAAGGGGAGCAUAUCGAAAAUUUAGAAUACCAACUUUUUCCUUUUAAACUAACUGAACAUGACAAAAUCUUACCAUACCAAACCGACAACACUCAAUCAGCCGAACCUAUGCCUAAACCAGCUGAAAAAUUACCAGACCAAACCUCUAACAUUCAGCCGAGUGAAAGGACAAAUGAAGCUAUGACGGAAAUAAGACCAAUUAUAAUCUCAAUCAUAUCUCAACAUGAUUGUGAUCCAAAAAAAGGUAAGUGGAAGGGGUUUUGUUUUAAAAAGAGAAGGAAUGAGGUAGAGUCAAGCAGAGCUCCAAUGCAAGGCCAUGAGUCAAAGCAGACUCUAGAAAAUGAAGUUCCCACAGGUAAUAUUCUUCCUAACUCUGAACAUGUUGAUACAAAAAAUAUUGAUAUUCAUAUUGCUAUAAGAAAAGGGGUUGAAACUUGCACUAAACACCCUAUUGGAAAAUAUAUCUCCUAUGGAAAACUAUCACAGAGUUACAGGUCCUUUGUAGCAGUUGUUGACAACAUAAAAAUUCCAAAUAAUAUUCAAGAAGCAUUGCAGAAACCUAAAUGGAUAUCAGUUGUAAGAGAAGAAGUUCAAGCACUUGUAAGAAAUGGCACAUGGGAGAUCACUGCUAUACCAGAAGGGAAGAAAGUAGUAGGAUGCAAGUGGAUAUUUUUAAUUAAGCACAAUGCUGAUGGGAGUAUAAAAAAGUACAAAGCUCGGUUGGUUGCUAAGAGGUUCAGACAAUCAUAUGGGGUGGAUUAUAAGGAUACUUUUGCGCCUGUUGGGAAGCUCAAUUCUGUCCGGGUUCUACUAUCUUUGACAGCAAAUCUAUAUUGA